AUGAUUGAUUAUAUCAAGGAAAACAACGAUAUUAUUAUUACAAAAUAGGAAUCAAUAAAUUCUGUUUACUUGAAUAGUGAAUCAAGUCCUAAGAAUUUAUUGGGAAAUAAAAAAAAAUUAAGAUUUCCAAUCGUCACUAAUGCAUAAUUAAAAUCUGCUAUUGAAUCUAAUUAUUUAGAACCUGAACAAAAGCAUCAGAUCAUUAGAAAUCCUAAUUUAUUAACAGUGUUUCAAAUGCAAUUUGAUGUAGACUCUCCUAGAACUUAAGCUGCUAUGGAAAUGCUUAAAAUAUAAUUGGAUGAUCUCUAAGUGUAAGAAUAUGAAGACUUCUAUAAAAAGAAAAUGAAUCCUCUCUAAAACCUUAUUUAAUAUUUGCAAUAUGUUACAAGCAAAUAUAAAAUACUCAAUGAUCUUUUAAAAAGAAGAAAUCAGAUCAAACAUAUUUAAUCUUAAGUUACAAAACAAAUAAAUUCCAAAAAUAUCAAAUUCAAAGAUGAAUCUUUAAUUCCUGAUUAAUCGGAAUCUAAGAAAACAUAAAGAGAAGAUUUAUAAAUAUCUGUUAUUCUUAGUGCAGAUUAAAAGAAAGAGCUCUUUGAUAAAAAGAUCAAUAAAGAAUCUGAAAAUUAUAACAAGUAAAAGAUUCAUAAUAAAUCAAUAUAGAUUUCUAAAUAUUGUUUAAGAUUAAAUUACUAAAUAGGAAGAAUAUUAUAGUAAAACAGCCCCAGAAAUAUAUUAAAAAGCAGAAUAACUCAAAUAAAAAUAAUUGGAUGAAAUUAAAAAGAGAUUGAAAAGAAAGAAUUUAAAAGUAGAUUAGAUAUGCUAAAAAAAUAAAAAUGAAGAAUAAUUAUAGUAUAGAGAACACAAGAAAAUUGUUUAAAAAUUAGAAAAAGAUCUUAAUUAACAUUUUGAAAGAAAACAAAAAUAACUUUUACAAUCUUAAGAAGAACUAGUUGAAUAAUUAAAAAAGAAGGAAGAAAAAGAAAGAGAUAGAUAAUUAAAAAGAUAAAUGUAAAUAAGUUAAGAAUAAAGUAUGAUUGAAUAAGUAAUGGAUUCUAUGAAAAAGAAAUCAGAUUAUUUGAAUGAUUAUCUACAAAGAAAAUAGUAGGAAGAUAGAAAAAAAUAAUAAUAAAGUUUGAAAAUGUUUGAAGAAAAAUAAAAAAAAUUAUAAGAGUCUUAUACUUAAAAAGAAAAUUAAAAUGUAUAAAUGUAUUUUAGUAAAUCAACUUAAAGAUAAGUAAUUAUUAUAUUUAAAUAUCUUUUAGAUUUAAUUAAAUAAACAUGAAAUUUCACAGAUAAAACAAUAAAAAAGUUUAUCUAUGAAGAAUAGCAGAAUAAUGAAAAAAUAUGAAUAAUAUUAGGACUCUUUAGAUUAAAAAAGAUCAGAUUCACUUAUUUCAAAACUUCAAGAAGCUGAUGAUAAACUUGAAAAUGGUUUGAAAAGGUAUUUAAUAAAUUUAAUAUAUUUAAGACAUUAAUCUUUGUUAGAUUUAAGAAAAUAGAAUUUAUGUGAAAAAAAUGAACAUCGUUUUAAAUUAGCAAAAUAAAAAUAAAUGGAAAAUAUGUUAUAAAAAAUACAUAAAUAAAAUAAGAUUUUAGAAAAAAAUCUAGAGAUUUCUCAAAAAAAUGAUAAAAAUAAAUAAGAAUUAGAAUUUUUGGAGAAAUAUAAAAAAGAAAAAAUGUAAGAUAAAGUUAUAGAAAGAAACUAAUUGAUUUAGAAAUUAUAAUCUUGA